UCAUGUCGCAGUACACUCUGCCAGUUCACCUGCAGAUCCUGCUGGCCGUGGGUCUGGCUGUCUUCUGCUACUGUCUGGUCCUAGGCUGCAUCCUCUGCUGUCGCAGAAAGAAGAAGAGUGUUUCCUCAGAGGACAAGGAGGCGGUCUAUUUGUCUCCCCACCGUGCUGAGAGGGUGACUGUCACGUUGACUCCGUCUCCGUGCACGCAGCCUGUCAAGCAGCAGUAUGAGGAGCUGGAUGGGGAUGUGUUGGAGUUUCCGUCCUCUAAAAGUAGCUCCUCUCCCUCAGAGGAUGACCUCCCCGCCCUGCCCUUUGACUCCAGCCCCAACAGAUCAGCUGAACAAUCUCCUGGCUCUUCCUUUUCAAUGCGUCGCCUCAGCACCCCAGCGGUCCCCUGCUCACCCGGUAAACGCUCCAGUCAUGGCAGAGCUUCCCUGCCCUCCCUCACUAAGCUCAGUCUGGUGUCAAAGUCCCGUCGGUCGGUGGGUCGACGAAGCACUGUGAGCGGGGCAAGUUUUCUGUACAAUGAGAACAGUCAGCUAACCACAAGUGCUGUUGGAGCCUCUGGCCAGCAGGGGGAGCCUUCUCAAUCACAAUAUGGUUCUAACUCCCUCUCCAUCCCCUCCAAAUCAGCUCCUCUCUUGCACUUCUCCCUGCUCUUCUCCUCUGCUUGUGGAACACUUGUGGUCAACAUCCUGGGACUCUCAGGGGCCAGUCGGAGGCGCAGUGGGGUCUUUGUCCGGGCCAGCCUUCCUCCCCUCUGCCCCUCACCUCAGCAGGUGGCUUCUCGACGGCGCAGCCUCAGCCCGGACCUGCACAGCCAGAGCUUUGUGCUGCAGGUGGGCUCCGUGGACGAGCUGCGUACCUGCACCCUGAGGCUGGCGGUGUACAGCAGAGACUUCUCAGGCCUGAGAGAGGCUGCACUGGGUGUUGUGGAGCUGCCCUGUGAACACGUGGAGUGGGAGCCUGAUAGCACCACCACCUACACCAGGCAGCUCGUCCCCACGAAAAGCAAGCUAAAGAAGAGUGUGAGUUCUCAGGAGGCGCUGGGUCAAAGGAAAGGCUCAGUAUGUGUGCCGCGGGCUCUGGGCCAGCUCUUUAUCCUGCUGCAGUACCAGUCCCUGGCAAACCGCAUAAAGGUGAUGGUUCGAAAGGCCGAGAAUCUGGCCAAGCUCACAAGGAUACCAGGAACUCCAGAUCAUUAUGUUGUCAUCAACUUGCGCCAGGAUAGGAAAGUCAUCGGGACCAAGGAGACUAAAGGGGCAAGUGGUCCAAACCCGGUGUGGAACGCUCCCUUCCUGUUUGACCUUCCCCCUGGUGACAUCACUCAGCUACCAUUGGCCCUGGAGUUUAUUGUCAUGCAGGGUCGUCUCUACACUAAGAGCAGUAUUCUGGGCCGCGUGCUGAUUGGUGGAGAUGUUUCAGAGGCGGGACAGGGACACUGGAAGGAAAUGUGCAGUCGAGGGCAAACAGAGACGGCUCGCUGGCACAACAUCCAAUCAGACUGA